AUGGAUCCCAUAAAGAAAUCCCCUCAACUAAGCCAGGAGAAGUUCGAUAAUCGUAGUCAACCACAGACACCGUCUCCUCGAUAUACCAACAAAGCCGACCAGCAAUACUCUCAUCACCGUUAUAUAUCAGAGGCAGAAAGCUACACGGCGCACUGGGAGAAUAGCAUUCUCUAUGACAAGGAUAUAAAUACGCGGGUAUCUUCACCAGGUUUCUUCCGGCUGCGGUCAGAGUAUAGGUCACCGUACUUGGGGCCUGUUGGUUGGACAAUACCGUCCAAAUAUUAUAGUACAACUAGAAGGAGCCCACGAAGGCCUCUGAAUUCAUAUGAGGCUAGCACUGAUGAAAACCACGUCUCCACCGUUGACCCAAGAACCGGUUCACCCAGAGAGAGGGUUAGAAAUAGGAACACAGUAUCGGCAUACAGUUGUCGUGCUUCCAGGCCGUUCUUAAUCUACCAGGAUCCCGAAUGGGUAGUUCCACCUCAAGGAGUCACAGACGUGUAUUUCGAUAGUACUGCAAGCGACGAUAAGGAAAACAGUGCACCUGAGGAGACGGAAGCUCCCAUUGAUAAUGAAGAACUUUCCAGCGAACAGAACAUGGGAAUUCAAGUUGGGAGACCAGCACAGGAAAACGCCGGCGACAUUGAUGGACACGAUGAGAUGGAUAUCGACAGAGACGAAUCAAGAAUCAUCUUAACCCAACCGUCAAGGCGAGAGAUGCCACAAUAUCAACAUCGAAGAGACACAAGCUCCAUGUCAUCCCCUUCGAUUAUCUAA